AAAGCCUGUUUCACAUGUUUAUAAAAUAAAAUUAAACUGUAAUCUAAACAAACGCCAUUCUAAAGAAAAGAAAUAAGAUAAAGUUAUGAUAAUAAACAAAUUGAUCAAACAAUUUACACUUUUUUAUCAGCAGGACUAUUUUUACAUUGUUAAGCGUCUGACGGCAACCAAUAAGUGGUUAAAAUAUAAAAUGGUUAAUGACGAUUUACCACCUUAUAGGAAAGAUCCAGUUAUCAAAAUACUAGAUACCCCGGAAUUUAAAUCCAUUUUUACACCAGAAUUACGAGCUUUAGAUGCUGUAUUUAAAAAAUAUAAUUACCAAAUAAGGGUUGCUGGUGGUGCUGUCAGAGAUAUUCUUAUGGGUAUGCAUCCAAGCGAUCUUGACUUUGCAACGACAGCAACUCCUACCCAGAUGAAAGAAAUGUUUUUAAAGGAAGAAAUUAGAAUGAUAAAUACAAAUGGUGAAAAGCAUGGGACAAUAACAGGAAGAAUCAAUGAUAAAGAAAAUUUUGAAGUAACUACUUUAAGAAUUGAUGUUGUCACAGAUGGUAGACAUGCAGAAGUAGAAUUUACAACAGAUUGGCUAUUGGAUGCCGGUAGGAGAGAUUUAACUAUAAAUUCAAUGUUUCUAGAUUUGGAUGGUCGAAUUUAUGAUUAUUUUUAUGGUUACGAUGAUCUCAUGAAAAAAAGAGUAGCUUUUGUAGGUGACCCUGCACAAAGAAUUACUGAAGAUUUCUUACGAAUUUUCAGAUAUUUCCGUUUUUAUGGACGAAUUGCUGAAGUUCCAGAUAAUCAUGAUGAAAAAACAAUUAAUGCUAUUAAAGAAUAUGCUAAUGGUCUGGAGAGAAUUUCAGGUGAAAGAAUUUGGAAUGAAUGGAGUAAAAUAUUAGAGGGUAAAUUUCAUAAAGAAUUAACUGAAAAGAUUGUAGACUGUGGUUGUUCAAAGUAUAUCGGUCUUCCUAAAAAUCCAAAUUUGAAACAAUUUGAAGAAGUUUGUCUGCGGGCUCAAAAAAAUAAUAUAAAAUUGAAACCUGUAACUCUUGUUACUGCACUGUUAAAUGAUCAAGAAGAAGUGCUGGAAGUAUUUAAAAGGCUCAAAUUCUCAGCUUACGAUAGGGAUCUGGCAUUCUUUCUUGUGCAUCAUCGGAAUGAUAAACCAUGUGAAAAACCUUUACAGCCUUAUCAAAAAAUAGUCUUGAAGACUAUUGGAAAAGUAUCAGAUAUAAGAGAAUAUGUCGCUGAAGUACUUAAAUACAGAGGUUCUCUAGAACUAUUAAAGGAAUUUGAAGAAUGGGACUCGCGUUUUCCAGUUAAUGGAAAUAUGAUCAAACCAUAUGCCGACAAAAACCAUAAGGUGAUAGGCGAAGUUUUGUCUAAGUUGAAAGAUAUAUGGUUGGAUAGUGAUUGUCAACUGCCUGUUGAAAAGUUACAAACUUAUAUACCUAAUCUUGCUGCUCAAGCUGUGGCAGAAUUUAACGAAAAGUUAGAAUUAAGGGAUAAAAUGAGAAAAGAGAGAAAGAAGUCUGUAUCAAGAUAAUGAUUGUACAUCUAUACAGUAUCAAACAAAUUACUGUUUAGGCUUCGUGUAAAUAAAUAAUUUAAUUUUUUUAUUAUUCAAAGACGUUUCAUUGUCGCUUUUGAAAAUAGGCAGUUUUUUGAAAAAAUAUUAACUUAUUCCUCUAGUUUAUUUUUUUAAUCUUCAGUGUU